UUGUAUAUUUAAUAAAGUGAUGUUUCUUUCCUCCCCAAUGGAAGAUGAAUCCAAACCAAAGCCAAAAUUCAUGAGCAACAUCGCGGCCCCAAAGAUCCCCGACGGCGGCGAGAAAGUGGACUUUGACGACAUCCACAGGAAGCGGCUGGAGAAAGAUCUGUCGGAGCUUCAGUCUCUGAUCGAGGCUCACUUCGAGCAGAGGAAGAAGGAGGAGGAGGAGCUCAUCGCGCUCGUCAACAGAAUCGAGAAACGUCGAGCCGAGAGAGCCGAGCAGCAGAGAGUCCGAGCCGAGCGGGAGAAGGAGAGGCAGGCCAGGCUGGCCGAGGAGAAGGAGCGCAGGGAGCAAGAGGAGCAGCGCAAGAAGCUGGAUGAAGACGUGAAGAAGAAGAAGGUCCUCACCAACAGGACGCAGCAGUACGGCGCCGCACAGAAGAGCGACAACAAAAAAGGAGCCAAAAAGCAAACGGAGAGAGAGAAGAAGAAGAAGAUCCUGGCUGAGCGCAGGAAGCAGCUCAACAUCGAUCACCUGAGUGAUGACAAGCUCAAGGAGAAGGCUAACGAGCUGUGGCAGUGGCUGAUGGAGCUGGAGAUGGAGAAGUACGACCUCAAUGAAAAAUUCAAGAGACAAAAGACGGAUAUCAACCUGCUGCUGGUUCGAGUCCAGGACCACCAGAAUACCAAGGGCCGCGGCAAGGGAAAGAUGGGAGCCCGGCUGCGGUAAAGUGGACCACCUCCCAGGAGAAACCACGCCAAUGUACGCGCCGCUGGCUGGCGAGUGGAGCGUCCAUAUUUCAUAUCAAUAAACCACUCCACCAGCGGAA